AUGUGUGAGCUGUUUGUGGGACAAUUCAUGGCUUCCGUUACUUAUGCCCCACCUGCCAACACUCUAGCUAAUAUUAAGCAAAAGGAACACGAGACAUUAAGAGAGUAUUUCAAACUCUUCAACUCAGAAGUACCCCGAGUUAGGCCAACAUCAAAAGAAACCCUGAAGAAUUUCUUGAUAGCGGGGGUAAGGCCCGGAACAGACUUCUGGAAGGAGUUGCAAGGGCGGGAGCCCGAAACCCUGGCUGACUUCUGUGCCAGGGCAGAACCCCAUAAGGUAAUUGAGGAAUCUCUAGCUAAGUUGAAGAAGGAGUCGAAAGCUGAAAGCCGUAGUAGCUGGAAAAACAAGAGAGACCGGUCUUACAGCCCAGAUAGGAGGAACACCUACAAGAGAAAACCCUACAUAAGGCCUGCUGUUGAAAAAUCCUCGAGCCGAAAUGGCAAGACUUCGCCCAUUACUGUGAACACAACCAGCACGCAGGGCUUCGACAAGUCAAGGCUAACGAUGAGGAAGACAAGAAAGGCAACAUACCAUGAAUACACGCCUCUGACAGCUUCCAUAGAUCAUAUUUUCGAGGUUGGAGAUAAGGCGAGACUCUUCCGGAAGCCCUUUCGAAAUGGACCCCCUAGAAAGAAAGACCAGGGGAAAUAUUGUGCUUUCCACGACUUAAAUGGGCAUGACACGGCAGAAUGUGUGCAUCUCAAGGACCACAUAGAGGACUUAAUCAGAACCGGAUACCUGACCGAAUUCGUAGCCGAAGAGGCUAAAAAGUAUAAGGAAAAGAAAGCUGAAAGGACAAGUAACCAGGAAGCCAACCGUAGCACUCGAGCUGGUAGUGUACGAAUGAUCAUCGGAGGACCCUUCGUGGGGGGCCAGGGACGCAGUGCUAUGAAAAGAUAUGUACGGGAAGCCCGAAGGCCGCCCUUAAUCAAUGUGUGCCAUAUGUCUGAAAGGCCUCCCAAAAUGUUCAAAGGGGAGACCAUGGACAUUACCUUUACUGAGGGGGAUGCACGCGCGGUACACCAUCCUCAUAGCGUUGCCCUGGUGGUAACAGCCGUGAUCGGAAAUGUCAAUGUGCACAAGCUUCUCGUCGAUAACGGAAGCUCUAUCAAUAUCCUGGCCUACAGUGCGUACCAAAGAAUGAAAAUGGCAGAUAAAGACAUGAUGGCCUGCUACAAUGAAUUGUAUGGUUUCACGGGGAAUGCUGUCCAGAUUGUUGGAAGGGCCCAUCAUAAGGGAAAUGCGGAUCGUGACCUCAAUCUACCACUUAUCAAUGAAGUUCCCAACCCCCAAUGGGGUAGGAUGUGUACGGGGGAUGUCAGGCUGACUCCUGGGAAUGCUAUAGCAGGGCUUUGA